ACGGCUUAGUUAAUUUUGAAUCCAUUAUAAAUAUGAUAUUUAUGUACUUAAUUAAUUAAAAAAAAACCAUAAGUGGUGGUUUUAAUUUUUUUGUAUAUUUAAUUAUUUGCAAUUUGUUUAUUUUUCUUAAACUAAAAUGUAGUCAAUCGAAUAAUUAGUGACGGGAAAAUAGUUUUGACAAAAGUUUUUGUGAAAAGUAAUAAAAUGAACAUGAGAACUGUAUUAUUUUUUGCGAUUUUCACCAUUUGCAUAAAAUGCACAUUGAAUAUAAAAUCUCCAACCGAUGACAACAUGCAGGAGCGAUUAGCCAUACUAAAACAGAAGCUAACAGAAGAUUUACUACACAACAACCAAUUUAGUGUUAUACCUAUAAUGAACGACGUGGACCCAUUAGGACCAAAAAGCAUACGAAACGGGCGAAUAACGCCCGUGAGCCUUCACAAAAAAAAGAAAAAAAGGAGAACAACCACUCGAAGAACCACCAGAACAACAUCAAAGAGGAGACACCAUGUCCGUAAUUCGACAAGAAGUCGCCACAUUCGCCCUUCUAAGAGGCCACCAAGGCCGAAGCAUAUUAAGUCGAGAAUGGAAAAAUGGGCGAAGCACGUGAAGAGGUACGGGAAACCGCGCGAGAUUUUUUACAGACGUGAAAACUGGAACGGAUUGAGUGAAGCUGAAAUUAGAAAGAGACAUGCGAUGCUGUGCGUCGAUCUGUUGAGGCCCGUGUUAGCUGGUUUGAAGAAGAACGCAACAGUGACCAAAAUUGUUGGAGAUCAAACCGCAAAUCGACUAAUAGAAUUAUUAUCUUAUGGAGGCGCCAACGCACCACCGGAAGAAAUUGAGUCCCUUUUAUACCAGAUCAACAGCUUGCACCUUCGCUUUUUCCAGUGGGAGGUGGGGGCGAUAAAGAAGCUAUUUAAUUUUAUUAUGCCUGGUCAAAGGCAUUCUUUUAAAUCAAUAAAAUAUGGGGUGAAGAAGCUAUUUGACAUGUGGCAGAUGGAUCUUUCUGAUACAAAUCGACUGAUAAAAGAGUCGAGGAUGUUUCGACCACCUUGCAUAGGAACAACACAAGGCUCGACAAGAAGCUCAAAGAAUACGCAAUAUACAAAACCGGCCACACCGAAGACAACAUGCGCACCCAAAGACAAGAAAUGUCUUAAAUAUGAGAGUGCAAACAGCCAAGGAUCUUAUGAAUAUUAAAAAUAUAUUAUUUAUGAGAGCAUCAUAUUAUUGCCAGACCAUUGUCACUUGUUGGGUUUGCCCCUUAUGCCAGCGCCAAGCCGGAACGGACCAACACUCAUCCUAUUUAAGUGUUAUGAAUACAAAAUAUGAUUAAUC